AUAUUAGUUUCCUUCCCCGCCCAGCGAUGGUGUGGUGUGAGCGGGGCAUCCAGGUGCUGCUGACUACCGUGGGAGCGUUCGCGGCCUUCGCCCUGAUGACGGUGGCUAUCGGUACAGACUACUGGCUGUACGCCCGCGCCUUCAUCUGCAACAGCACAGCCAACUCCUCCCAGGAGGACUCCAACAAUAAAGAUAAGAAAGACCCUGGGGCACUCACCCACUCCGGCCUCUGGAGGAUCUGCUGCCUGGAAGGCUUGAAGCGAGGUGUGUGUUCCCAGAUCAACCAUUUCCCAGACGACGCAGACUACGACCAAGAUGCUGCAGAGUAUCUGCUGCGUGUGGUGCGAGCCUCCAGCAUCUUCCCCAUCCUCAGCGCCAUACUGCUCCUGCUGGGUGGAAUCUGUGUCGCUUCCAGCGGCUUCUACAAAAGCAAAAGAAACAUAAUUCUCGGAGGAGGGAUUCUCUUUGUAGCUGCAGGCCUCAGCAACAUUAUUGGAGUGAUCGUGUACAUCUCAGCAGCACUGAGCGACAUCUCCCCCAAGAAAGAUGAGGACAAGAAGUGGCACUACUCCUACGGCUGGUCCUUCUACUUUGGCGGCCUGUCCUUCAUCCUGGCCGAGAUGGUGGGUGUCCUUGCUGUUAACAUCUACAUAGAGAAGAACAAGGAGCUGCGCUGCCGCUCUCGCACCGACCUCUUCAAGAGCACCACGCACGCCAUGCUGCGACUGCCCAGUUACCGUUUCAGACGGCGCUCUCGCUCCAGCUCACGCUCCACCGACCCACCACACUCGCAGGAGACCUCGCCCAUUGGCGCCUCCAAGACCUUCAGCCUGCCACCCUCUGCCCCACCCUUCUCUGUGGCCACCCUGCCCAACCCACACCACACCAGCAGCAGUGGAAGUGGAGGAGGCGGCGACAUCUCCAUGUACACCCUAUCAAGGGACUCCAAGCUGGGCAGCCUAGGAGGCGGUGCCCCACCUCUCUAUGGCACCGUGGACCGCGCCACGCUGUACCAGCUGCACAACUACUUCCCAAAAGAUUCCAGCGGCAGUGGCGGAGGAGGAGGAGCAGUGAUAAGCAGUGGUACACUCCCAUCUCACUCCAAGUCCAACUUGGCGGCAGCAGCGGCUGUAGCCCAGAAUUCAGCACCGCUGAAUACCUCCACAUCAGCCACCACACCAGCCCAGCCAGCUCCAAUAUCUACAGCCACCAUGGAGCGAGACAGGGACAGGGACAGGGAUAGGGGCAACGUGGGAACCCUGGACCGACUGACGGCUAAGAGGGACAGGGAUAGCAACUCAGAUACACUUAACAGGAAAACUACGCCAGUUUAA